AUGUCAGAAAGGCUUACGAAAAAGCAAGUGAAAGCGCUUCAGUUCAAGUCUAAACACUCUGAAAAAGCUGCUGAGACACUAGAAAAAGUGCAAGAGGCCAAGAAUGAGCAGCAGAAGAAAAAGAAGACCCGCAGAAGAAAGUCGAAACAGGGGAAGAAAGAUCGCAAAAUUCUUUUUAUAGGGAACUUGCCUUAUAAUGUGUCGAGUGAAGAUCUCCAGAAACACUUUCAAAGCUCGAGUCCCGAUAAAAUUCGAAUUCGUCAAGAGAAAGGCAUAGCUUUUUUGGAAUUUGAAACCGAAACAGAGGAUUAUGUUAAAAGAGUGGAAGCAGCUCUGAAGAUGCACCAUACAAUUAUGAAUAAUCGAAAGAUAAACGUGGAAUUGACAGUAGGUGGCGGAGGGAACUCUAAACAGCGAAUCACCAAAAUCAAAUCCAAAAACGAGAAGCUUGAGAAGAGACGCAGACAACUCGAAGCGAAACGUCACAAGCAUGAGUUGGAAAAGCGCAAUUCGAACGCUGAGACUAAUGAGGACGAGCCCUUGACAGCCGGUUCAACGGUCCAUCCUUCGAGACAGCAACUGAUUGAUAAAUAG